GAUAUAAUAUUAUGAGGAUGAUGGAAAGUGGAAGGAGAGAGAAAAGGGUGAUUUGAAGAAAGAGGAAUAAAACAAAAGAGGGUUAGCUUAGUGUGAGAUGUGUGUGGGUGGCUGUUUAGUGGGUGCCCCUUUGGCUUCAUAGAAAGUGAGAAAGUGGGGUGAGGUUGGGCUAGUUGGUAGUCCUCAUUGCAGUUUUUUGUGCCUGAAGAAGGUGAAAGGGAGCAAGUUCACUCUUCAAAGGUUUUUAGGGGUUGAGUUCAGACUGCAUUUUUUGAAGGGUCGUGUUGUGAUGGGUUCUAGUGGUGCUUCUGCUGUGACCAUUCUCCUUCUUUUCUGCUUGUGGGGUGUCUUCAUCUCCCUAUCUUCUGCUGCUAGGCUCAGUCUUUCAAGGCAGAAGCUUGAGGUUGCUAAGCACUUGAAUCGCUUGAACAAGUCUCCUGUCAAAACCAUUCAGAGUCCAGAUGGGGAUACGAUAGACUGUGUACCUGUUUCGAAGCAGCCUGCAUUUGAUCAUCCAUUCCUCAAAGAUCACAAGAUUCAGACCAGACCAUCUUUCCACCCUGAAGGGCUUUUUGAAGAGAACAAGUUAUCUGAAAAGCCCAAAGCAAAAGUUCAUAUCCCUAUUAGUCAGGCGUGGCAUGCGAAUGGUAGAUGCCCUGAGGACACAAUACCCAUCAGGAGAACUAAAGAGGAAGAUGUUCUGAGAGCAAGUUCGGUCAGAAGGUAUGGUAGGAAGAAGCACAGAGCAAUUCCUAAGCCUAGGUCUGCAGAGCCUGAUCUAAUUAACCAGAGUGGUCAUCAGCAUGCUAUAGCAUAUGUUGAAGGAGACAAGUAUUAUGGAGCCAAAGCCACGAUAAAUGUGUGGGAGCCCAAGAUACAACAACCUAAUGAGUUCAGCUUGUCUCAGCUGUGGAUAUUAGGAGGCUCAUUUGGUCAAGAUCUCAAUAGCAUUGAAGCUGGCUGGCAGGUAAGCCCAGAUUUAUAUGGUGACAACAACACACGGUUAUUCACCUACUGGACUAGUGAUGCAUAUCAAGCAACUGGCUGCUACAAUCUUCUCUGCUCGGGGUUCAUUCAAGUGAAUAGUGAAAUUGCAAUGGGUGCAACUAUUACCCCAGUUUCUGGAUACCGAAACUCUCAGUACGAUAUCAGUAUACUUAUCUGGAAGGAUCCAAAAGAGGGACACUGGUGGAUGCAAUUUGGGAAUGACUAUGUGUUGGGGUAUUGGCCUUCUUUCCUCUUCUCAUACUUGGCUGACAGUGCUUCCAUGAUAGAGUGGGGAGGUGAAGUUGUUAACUCUGAGCCUGAUGGUCAGCAUACUUCAACUCAAAUGGGCAGUGGUCAUUUUCCUGAAGAAGGGUUUGGCAAAUCAAGUUACUUCAGGAAUAUUCAAGUGGUUGAUAGCUCCAACAAUCUCAAGGCUCCCAAAGGCCUUGGCACCUUCACUGAGCAAUCAAACUGCUAUGAUGUUCAAACAGGCAGUAAUGGGGAUUGGGGUCACUACUUUUACUAUGGUGGCCCUGGUAAAAAUCCUAAUUGUCAAUGAGUAAUGAAAAAAAAUGAAAAAAAAAAUGAAAAAUUGCAGCCUAUUGUAUCAUUCAAUCUAGUGUUAAAGCUCUUCUCUACCAUCUUGUAUACCCUUUUCUGUAGUGGAAAGUUUUGACUGGUUUUUUCUUUUAUAUUAAAAGAUUCUCCAUGUAAGCAAGUGGAGUGAAGUGUGGCCAAGUUUCUCAAAAGCCUAAAGAAACAGGCCCUGCCUUUAUAA